AUACCUUUCAACCUCUGCCUUAUACAAUAUAAAUACCCUUCAACCUCUGCUGCCUUCUGAUCGUACACUUCGCCCUAAUUCCGUUCCCUCUCUGUAACUUUUUAUUCCUCUCCUUUUCCCUUCUAUUUCCGUAAGUUUGAAGCCCUAGUUUCGUGAUUGCAAGCCCUGAUUUUUAAACUCGAGCUCGUAUUUCUUCAUCUCAACUUGUACUCUGUAAAUUGAAGCCCUGAAUUUUCAAGAAAGAAUUCAUUCGCCAAACUUGUUCCAAUUUCUUUCAUUCUCUACAACUGUCCCUCAAUUCGAGUUCUUUUAACCUAUUUCUAUCUCCUUUUUAGCACCUCUCAUUUCAUAAUCUUGGGACCUUUCUUUUGCUAAUUCCUGUGACUAUUUUGCCCCAAUUCAUAUCCAAUCUGUGAAAAUCUUGUCCCUUUUUCUGAACUAUUUUUCCCUAACAGUGUCUGUUAAAGAAGUUUGUUGAGGUGUUUUUGUAGGGAUUUAUUGGUGAACAGAGAAGAAAUAGUUCGUAAAUAUGGCGACUGUUGCAAUAGUCGCAGAGGUGCAGAAGCGCCCUAGAAAGCGACCUCGAUUGGCCUGGGAUGUUGCCCCUAUAGAACCAGAGGCGAGACCUCCAUCUCCGCCAUGGCGUGGUGAUGAUAAGGAUGGGCAUUAUUUGUUCGAUAUUGGGGAUAAUUUGACACCAAGAUAUAAAAUACUCAGUAAGAUGGGUGAAGGUACAUUUGGUCGUGUUUUAGAAUGUUAUGACCUUGAAACACGAGCCUUGGUAGCAAUUAAGGUAAUCCGGAGCACAAAGAAAUAUCGUGAAGCUGCACUGAUUGAAAUUGAUAUUCUUCAUCAUCUUGCUAGAAAUGAUGCUGGUGGAUCACAUUGCGUGCAGAUUCAAAACUGGUUUGAUUACCGUAAUCAUAUAUGCAUUGUAUGUGAGAGGCUUGGGCCAAGCUUGUUCGACUUUUUAAAGAGAAAUAAGUAUCGCCCAUUCCCUGUGGACCUUGUUCGGGAAUUUGGUCGUCAGCUUUUGGAAUCUGUGGCAUAUAUGCACGAUUUACGCCUGAUUCACACUGAUUUGAAGCCUGAAAACAUACUUCUUGUGUCUUCAGAAUAUGUUAAGCUUCCAGACCACAGGAGGAGUUCACAGGAUGAGAUGUACUUCAGGUGCUUGCCUAAGUCAAGUUCCAUAAAGCUGAUUGAUUUUGGUAGCACUGUCUUUGAGAGUCUCAAUAAUAGCUCCGUUGUUUCUACAAGGCACUAUCGAGCGCCGGAGGUUAUUCUAGGACUUGGGUGGACGUUUCCUUGUGAUAUCUGGAGCAUUGGCUGUAUACUCACUGAGCUGUGCUCCGGAGAAGCAUUGUUUCAAACACAUGAAAAUUUGGAGCAUCUGGCAAUGAUGGAGAGGGUUUUGGGUCCACUGCCUGAACAUAUGAUUCGAAAAGCUGAUCGGUGUGCAGAGAAAUAUUUUCGGCGAGGGACACAUCUGAAUUGGCCGGAAGGAGCAGGCUCACGGGAAAGUAUCAGGGCAGUGAGGAAACUUGAUAGACUGAAGAGCAUCAUUUCUAGUCACGUGCACAGCUCAUCAGCCACCCUAGUAGAUCUAUUGUAUGGGCUGCUUAAGUUUGACCCAACCCAACGUCUCACAGCCCGUGAAGCCCUGAACCAUCCAUUCUUCUCUCGCUAAUUCAUAUGAAGCAACAACCAGUUAAUCUGCCUGGGUUUAACUCACUCCUCAUGAGCCCGGAGCCACUGAUGCAUUCUUCUUUCUCUUAACUUAAAACGGGCAAUUAGUUUAUUGUGCUGGGUUUGGCAUCCGUGUUCCGAACGAUGAAGUGACAAUUUAGCCGACUCUUUUGAAAAGUUCCAGCAUCUGGGUGCCCGAACCUAGCAGUUUGUACAUGGUAGGAGGUGGGGAGAGGGCUUAGGGUUUCAGCUAAGUGUAUAGAAAUGCUGUGGUGUAAUGGCUGGUCAUCCAUGGCGGUCAUGGAUGGAUGGAGCUUCGGAAAUGGCUAUGAAAUUGUUCAUAUGUUUUCACCUGUGGGAUAUAGGUGAGGGACAACAUUUGUUGAGGAUGAGCAGUACAUGUGGAAUGGAUGAAGAGUGAAAUUGUGUGCUUGAGUUAUCCUAAUCAUUGUGGAUGGUGCGUUUUCUUUUUUGAUGUUUAUUUAGUGUCUUUUAAGGAAAUCUUGGGCCGUUUGAUGAGGGCCAAACUUUCAA